AUGGCCUCUCUCAAUUUGUCGGCCAACGGGCCCUCGAUAUCGAAGAGCUAUCAAUCCGUCGUGAACUCGACUCCUCCCAAGAAUGGCUCACCGACAUAUGCCCAAUGGGCCGUCUUCUCCGUCUCAACCCCACUGGUCAAUGCCUUCCAACAGGACACCGGCAAUAAGGAAAGUGUGUUGAAAGUCCAGAACACUGGUGAGGGUGAAUUGCUCGAUCUCAUCGAUGAAUUCUCCGAAGGUCGCGUACAAUUCGCCUUCGUCAAGGUGACCGACCCUAACACCGGCUUGCCGAAGAAUGUUCUUAUCGCUUGGUGUGGUGAAGGUGUCCCAGAGAGAACAAAGGGCUAUUUCACCAGUCACUUGGCCAGUGUAUCGAAAUUCCUACAUGGGUACCACGUUCAGAUCACAGCACGAGCAGAGGGCCAUCUUUCCCCGGAAGGCAUUGUUCAACGAGUGGCAGAUUCGUCUGGCUCAAAGUAUUCACCGGAAUCGCAGGGACCAGCUCCUACACCGGCACCUCGCCCUCCGGUCGCCAGUAAGCCUGUUUUCACUCCAACUCGCUCAGGGGGCAUCGCUUCAAGCCCCGCCCCGGCACUACGCCCGAAGCCAUCGACGGCCGUAGAUGAUGAUGGCUGGGGUGCUGAUGCGCCCCCGGUCACCCGCACCCAACUGGAGAAGGUCCAGCCUGCAUACAAACCCACAAAGGUGAACCUGCAGCAACUCAAAUCGGAGAACCAGUCCCCCGCAUCUCGAGCACCUGCUUCGACUCAAGAAGAAGACAGGGGCAAUGUGGUUCGUGGUGCUUACCAGCCGAUCGGUAAGGUCGAUAUUGCCGCCAUCCGGCGCCAGGCCGCAGAUUCCGGCCAGUUGAAAGAUGAUCGUCCGGCUCCCGUCAAAGGAUCCUACGAACCGGUUGGGAAAGUGGACAUUGCUGCGAUCCGUGCCCGUUCACAAAACCCCGAGGGAGUGAGUGAUGGUGCUUCGCGCGUUCCUCGGAACGAGCCCACAACGCUUCCCGAAAGACCAGCGGUCAACCAGGAGGCGGAACGUCUAACCAACCUCCCAAAGCCCAAGGUUGCUAACAAGUUCGGUUCCGGUCAGUCAUUCCCCGGCACCAAACCACCCCUUCCCACCAGCCUUGGGGCGUCAUCGACCACCCCGAAUGUCCAGAUCGGGAGCGCCAGUCGAACCUUUGCAGACCAGGGAGGCAAAACUCCCGCUCAACUGUGGGCAGAAAGGAAGGCCAAGGAGCGUGAUUCUGGGCCGGCAGGUGAUGCUCUGCCGAGUCGUCCGAUUCAGAGCCAGCAAAGUGGCCACAGCGAGUGGAAGAGCGGCUACACGGGCAAAUCUUGGGCUCCAGUUCAGACGGUUCAGGAGAAGUCCGUCCCCGAGACGGCAGACGUGAAGGCUUCUGACGCUCAGGAUGCUGAGACAGCUGAGCCCUCUACCCAUGUUCAGGACGUACGCGACCAAUUCGCUCAGCCACCCACCCAGCCAGUCGCUGCUGAAGCCCCUCCCUCUGUUCCCCAGGCCAGUCGCCCUAUUCCUGUUCCUGGUUUGCCCGCUGCUCCCACUGAGCCCGUAGUGGAACAUGACGUUCAGCUAGAGCUACCCACCCCACCGCCCCAGCCACGCUCUCCCACCCCUCCGACUCCCCCUGUACGUGAUAGCUCCCCAAUUCGUGUGGCGAUGCCCGUGGGCCGUGGUGUGACCGAUUUACACGAAGAGCAGCACUCCCCGCCCCCCGUCUUACCCGUGCAAAGCCUUCAGGAGGUCGUGCCGGACGAAAAGGAUCUGGAGGACGACACUCAUGAUUUGGGCCGGGCUGCCGCUGAAGCUACCGUUGAAGCUACUGUUCCUGAACCACCAAAACAUCAAGAACAACACCAUAGUGGACUUCGCGCUGUUGUGCAGUAUGAUUAUGAAAAGGCUGAAGACAACGAAAUUGAACUCCGUGAAGGAGAAUAUGUAACUGACAUUGAGAUGGUCGAUGACGAUUGGUGGCUAGGAGUGAAUGCUCAGGGCGAACGUGGUCUAUUCCCUGGAAACUAUGUUGAGAUUUUGGAGGGUGAUCAUCUUGCUUCUACUGCCCAUGACCAAGUCGCGGAGCCUGAGCCUGAGCCCGAGCCUGUUUCCGAGCCCGUUCCUGCCCCUGUCGCCGUUUCGGAACACCCUUCUACUGCUGAAACCCAUGGCCCGACUGCAUCAGCCCUCUAUGACUACGAGGCUGCAGAGGACAAUGAACUUAGCUUCCCAGAGGGUGCUACCAUUAUGAAUGUGGAAUUCCCCGACGAUGACUGGUGGCUUGGUGAGUAUAAGGGGGCUCGGGGCUUGUUCCCGGCCAACUAUGUACAGUUGAAUGAGUAG